AUCAGACACUACUAAAACACACCAACUUGGGAAAUCCCGAAAAUGCAAAAUCGAGCAUUGAAGCACCUUAACUCAAAGGACGAACUGAUUCUACUCGAAGGUGAAAAACGAUGUGAAAAUUGUAAAAGGUUAGGGGACAAAAUUGAUCAAAAAUUCCAAGAACUAGAAGAUAGAAUGAAUCAUCAAAGUUAUCACACCUCUAAUCCCAAUACUAACCAAUGGCGCACCCUUUACUCACGUUGCCGUGCAUGUGACUUCUUCAUUGCCCCAAAUAGCACUUUCGCUGACUUAGCACACGCGCAAGCGAUCGGUAAUGGUCUGAUUAUGCAUACUUCGCAUAACUUCGCACAACUUCGCAUAAACUUCAAACUGUAAUUUCGUAUGUACUUUGUAUGUAUUUUGUAUGUAUUCCGAUACCCAGAAAUUAGCAGAACUUUUAUGAACUUAGUGAUCUGUUGAGUUUAGAUUUUGCUUCACAUUUUCUUAAGUAAAUAAUAAGCAAUAUUGGCCUACACGCGCAACUCAUCGAUUACGAAAUGCGGUUGGUGGUGGGAUCUGCAACGUAGACAUAAGUAAGUUAGACUAAGGGCCGGUUACUCAAUGUCUGGUUAACACUAAUCUCCGGUAAAACAUCGUUGUCGACG